GUUCAUUCUAUGAUUGCUGCUUUUACAUUCUAACCUACGAUUUUAACCAUAGAUAAUCAUAACCCUAAAUGUUUGUGUGAAUAACAGUUUUUAUUUAGUUAUUAGACAAUAUUUAAAUAACGAAUAAAACAGUGUUUUGUGAGGCAUCUAAUUUUUCUUAAAAAACUGUACAAUGUUCACAACUAAAGUUUUCAUUAGGAAAAAUAAAAUUGGAAACUUUCUGAAGAAUAUAAGGGAACACUAUUUAAGAGACGAUUUAUUUUGUGGCUUUACUAGCUGUAAUGUAUGUAAACCAGAAGACACUGCUCUUUCGUCUAAUAUUGAAAAUAAAAGUGGUUUAUUUAAUUACCCACAUUAUCUAAUACUAGAUACAAAUAUUAUACUAGAUCAAAUGGAUAUUUUAGAGGAAGAUGUUAUAUGUAAUGUUAUUAUUUUACAUACUGUUCUUAAAGAAGUAAAACAUAGGAGUUUGGCAAUUUAUAAACGAUUAAAUGCCGUUAUAGAUAAUCCAAAUAGACAUUUUUUUGUUUUUAUAAAUGACCAUCACAGAGAAUGUUAUGUUCCUCAAGAAGAUACUGAACUAAUAAAUGAUUACAAUGACCGCUGCAUACGAACAGCAUGCUUGUGGUACAUAAAUCAUAUACCAGAUGCAAAAUUUGUGUUCAUUACAGAUGAUGCUAGAAACAGAGCACUUGCUGAAGAAGAAAAUAUAACUACAUGUUCUAUUGAGCAAUAUGUAAGAAGCAUUAAAGAAAACAACCUUUUAGAAGACAAAUUAGCAAAAAGAGAUUAUCAUGUUGAAUCUGAUACUCAAGACUUAUUCCCAGCCCAUUUAACAGUUACACAGGUUCAAGAGGGCAUCAAGGAAGGACGAUUACAUCAAGGGACCUAUAGAGCUUCUACUUCCAACUUUUUAGAAGGCUUUGUUAGUGUGGAUGGUUACGAAGAUGCUAUACUGGUGCAAGGUCGUUCAGGUCAAAAUAGGGCUAUUGAUGGUGAUUUGGUUGCCGUGGAAAUUUUCAAAGAACAAGACUGGAUUGCUCCAAGUGAGAUUAUUUUAGAGGAUGAAAGUAGAGUCGAUACUGCGGUAGAAGAAGUUUUAUUGAAAGAAAAUGAGUUGAAGGAGUACAGUACAGGGAAGAAGAAAAAAGAGAAAGCUAAACCAACAGGAUGUGUCGUGGGAAUAAUCAGAAGAAAGUGGCGACCAUUUUGUGGGAUUCUACAACAGGAUGCUCCUGAAGGUGCCCUAUAUCAUCUCUUUGUUCCUGCUGAUAAGAAAUUUCCCAAAAUACGAAUAGAAACGAGACAAGCAGAAUUCCUAAAGACCCAGAAAAUUGUGGUGGUAAUCGAUGAUUGGCCUAGGUAUUCUAGGUAUCCUGCAGGCCAUUUUGUGAGAGCAUUGGGCAAGAUUGGGGAUCAAGCUACAGAAAACGAAGUUGUGCUAUUAGAACAUGACGUACCACAUAGCAAAUUUUCAGAAGAAGUCUUAAGUUGUCUCCCAAAGUUACCGUGGAUUAUAACCGAAGAGGAUGUUGCAAAACGUACAGAUCUUCGUCAUCUGGACAUUUGUUCAGUAGACCCUCCGGGAUGUACCGAUAUCGACGACGCCUUGCACUGUAGAGAAAUCGAGGGCGGGAUGUUAGAAGUGGGCGUACACAUAGCCGACGUUUCGCAUUUUAUCCGGCCUGGAUCCGCACUGGAUGUCGAAGCUGCUAGCAGGGCUACCACUGUUUAUUUAGUUGACAAAAGAAUUGAUAUGGUUCCAGCAUUAUUAAGUUCCAAUUUAUGUUCUCUUCGUGGAGGAGAAGACCGUUUUGCAUUCUCUUGCGUCUGGGAAAUGGAUAAAAAUGCAAAUAUUCUUAAGACAAAAUUUCACAAAAGUAUCAUUCGAUCAAGAAAAGCGAUGACUUAUGAAGAAGCUCAAUUAACUAUAGACGAUAAAUCUAGGAACGAUUCAAUAGCCCAAUCUCUACGAAAUUUAAAUAAUUUGGCAAAAAUUUUGAAACAAAGACGUUUAGAGAAGGGAGCGUUAGUGCUUGCUUCUCCUGAAGUGAAAAUUAGAAUGGACUCGGAAACAAUGGACCCAAUUGAUGUGGAAGUGAAAAAGUUGUUUGAAACCAAUUCUAUGGUAGAAGAAUUCAUGUUAUUGGCAAAUAUAAGUACUGCUGAGAAGACUUUAAAAGACUUUCCUGAUUGUGCUAUGCUUAGAAGACAUCCUGAACCUCCCAAAAUAAAUUAUGAGCCACUUGUUAAAGCUGGGAAACAUUUGGGUUUCGAAAUAAAAACAGGCUCAAACAAAGAAUUGGCAAUUUCUAUGGACAAUGCAGUCAAAGAGGACAAUCCGUAUAUGAACACAAUGUUGAGGAUUCUGGCGACACGUUGUAUGAUGCAAGCUGUUUAUUUCGCAAGUGGCAUGUUCCAAAAAGAGGAUUAUUACCAUUACGGUCUUGCUGUGCCCCUUUAUACGCAUUUCACGUCACCUAUAAGACGUUAUGCGGACAUAAUCGUGCAUCGACUACUGGCCGUGUCCAUAGGUGCUGAUGUGACUUAUCCUGAUCUCCUGGACAAGCACAAGACGAGUGAUUUGUGCCAAAAUCUGAAUUACAGGAAUCGCAUGGCGCAACUUGCAGGGAGGGCUUCUGUGGCUUUCAAUACUCACUUAUUCUUUAGAGGGAAACUUCAGGAUGAAGAGGCUUACAUUCUAUCUGUACGAAAGAAUGCCUUACAGAUCCUUAUACCCAGGUAUGGCUUGGAAAGUACUCUUUACUUAUCCCAAAAGGGUAAAAAGUCCAUAUUUGAAUACAAUGAAGAGGAUCAGACUCAAAAGUAUGAGGAUGUCGUCUUUCAUGCCUUUGAUCCUGUCAUUGUGAGACUUGCACUGGAUUCAAAUAACAUCCAACGUGAAAAGCUUGUCCUCCAAUUGGUGUUUCCUGUUGUUAAAGGUUUCAGCAUUCCACCAUUGAACGAAGAACACAAGAGGAAGGUCGAAACAGAUCAAAAGAAGACAAAAGCAAAAAAAUCGAAGAAGAAAUGAAAAAAAUUGAAUGUGAAAAAAUGAAAUAAACUUCCAUUUGGGAAUGCAAUGUAUGAAAAUGUGUAUAUAAUAAUCAUUUUUGUAAAGAU